UCGGGAGGCGUGCCCGACUGCUGCAGGGAAGUCCCAAACUCGGCGUCGCAACGAGCCAGAGGAAGCGAGCUUUUGUGCUGGGUGGGUUGGCUCGUUCAGUUUCACCCUUUACGUGCUAACUCCCCCGUAUUUAGUCGUUUAGGCUGCGAAGGGCUCCUGGAGCACGCUGGCUUCUGCCCCUCCCGAGGGAGUUGGCCUGGAAAAAGGGAUCGCGCACCCGGCUCCGUCUCGUCCGGUUUCCUGUCUGCUCCGGGCAUGGCGGCAGCGUCGCGCAGAGCCGCGUGCUGCGGCGCGCUGUGGCUGCGAGCGCUGGCGGCCCCAGCACGCAACAGAGCUGUAAGUCAUCCUUGCCAUAAAUCCACUUACUCGGCUCUCCCUGAUGACUACAAUUGCAAAGUGGAGCUUGCACUGACAUCAGAUUUGAAGACAAUCGUCUGUUACCACCCAUCACUUGAGAUUCCGUAUGAGUGCACAAAACCCAUACCACGGCCAGAUCCAGUGAAUAAUAAAGAAGAAACUCAUGAUCAAGUGUUGAAAUCCAGAUUGAAUGAAGAGGAGCUACAGAACAAGAAGGGUCCUACAAUUGAAGAGCUCAGCAAAAUGUUUUACACGACGAAGCAUCGCUGGUAUCCAGUGGGACAGUAUCACAGAAGACGCAAGAAUCCUAAUCCUCCUAAAGAAAGAUAAUUAAGAUAACUUUGUGUUCAUUGAUACUUCGUUGUUGAUCUGUAUUGGAAAUAAAUCCAGARAGUGGAAUAUGUUUAAUCGACUCUGCAUGUGUAUUUUAAGUAAAAUAUUCUUAUAUAAAUAAACUCGAUUCCA